AUGGCGACUCGAAUGUGGUGGGAUUUCUAUGCCAUCGAUCAAACCUUAGUGUGCACACUGAAAAUGGCUGUGUAUAUCUUGGUCCAAUGCUGGAAAUGUCUCGAUGAAAACCUCAUUAUCGAAGCAUGGAAUAUGCAUGAGGCUGAUCUCAGAGAAAAUGAAAGAAUUCUCAGCAAAGUUACUGAUGAGCAAGCUGCCGAAUUUCUUGAGAAGAUCGAACAAGUCAGGGAAGAAUACAUACACAAAGCCGAGCAAGCAUUACCACAAGGUGAGAAUCUGGAUAUGCUCCGAGACUUUAGUGAAAUUCCUGAAAGAAGAUAUCGCAGGCAAGAAGGAGAAAUCGACUCCGAUGAUGAUGAAGAGUGGCAUCCUGAAGCAGAUCUUGACGGAUUCAGUGAUGAUGACUUGGACUUCAUUGAUGAAUACGACCUCAAUUCAACUGAGGAUGAGAGUUCAGUUGAUCCUCCGUCGGAUUACGUGUUCCGUACCGAAAAGGGUCACUAG